AUGGGUCAAUCCAUGUCAAGUGAUUUCGAGAGCUUCAACAACUUACCGCCAGAGCUUCGACUGAUGAUUUGGAAAGAAGCUGUGCCGAAGAAAAAGGACACACAUGCAGCCUGCAAGAUUUUCCACGAUGCCUUUUUACGUGGUCUGCGGUUUGAAAAGCGAGAGGGGACAGAUGGACCUCGUGCCCUCCUGGAGGCAUGUUACGAUUCUCGUGCUGUGGCAAUGAAGAGUGGAUCGUAUAUGACUGUCAAGGAUAAAAAGUAUCGACUAAUCUGCCAAACACUCCGAGGACUUUUCGAAAAGCGAUACCAUUACGUUUGGGUUGACAGUAGCAUUACAACUCUUCACGUACCGAUCGCUGCACUGACCUGUGGACGCAUCACCAAUUUACCAAACAGCAUCCAGGCUAUUGCUUGCAUGGUGCCUACACGAGAAGCACUUACAGCGUUGCAAAAGUGCCUUACCCAUGAUCACGAGUACAAGGGUAUCAAAACCGUGUACCUUGGGAUUGUUAGUAUACCCACGCAAUACAGCAAAGGCGACGAUCCAGAUUACUAUCCCUGCACGGAAUCAGAGUCAGCCGUCGUCCCGCUUGACGACAAGAAGUUGGUCGAAUAUCUCACAUCAGCCUACAAAGCCCAUAUCGCUCUGAUGCUCGGAGACUCCGCGGUUCGUGAGGACGAAUUUCAUCGAAAAAGCGCCAUGAGGUUCAAAAGGAGCCUCGAACAGGACUGGAAAUAUCGACGGGACUUGCGCAAUAAAUGGGACCCCGAGAACGGCAUCAAGCUAAUACCAGCUGUUAUAUUUGGACAAAGGACGAGGCCGAUAGCAUUCUGGAAUGGCAGUCGUCUUCGGCGUGCUGCCCAUAAGUUUCACAUCAGUUGGCGCGAGUCCCAGGUUGACCUAAUUUGGAUGGAUACGUUUGCCUAUGGCAAUGGAGCUGGUAACGAAGACGACCUCAACGAAAAUGAGUGUGAGAGGCGGCUACGAUGGGCGACUCGAAAUGAGAAGGACUAUCUCCGAGACCUUCAUUGGUCACCGCACAGUGCUGAAGGGGAGGAAAGAUGGAAUACUCCUACGUGA